CGGCCGGCGCGGCCCAUGGCGGGCGCCGGGGAGAGCCCCGAGGAGGGUUUCUACCAGCGCUUCGCCGACGAGCUGGAGGCGCUGGCGGAGCUGGGAGAUGACCCGUUCCCACCCCUUGGCCCCAAAACCUCCCAGUUCCGGGGUAGGAGGCGUGUGCCGGAGGAGCCCGACCCCAUCGGAGACGCUGUUGGAGGCCCCAACCCACGGAAGAGGGACCGGGGCUGCGACCCGCCCGUCUCCCCGCCUCUGCCCGCAGACCGCACACCAAAAGCAAAGCGACAACGCUUGGAAGCUGUUAAGAAGCUCAGCUUUGGUGAGGAGGAUGAGUUGACUCCUGAUGUCAUCUGGGAUGCUGGUCCAGAGGCACCUUCUACUCUGCAGACUGCCAGCUCAGACCACCUGGAGGUAAGUGGCAUGGCCCCGCUGCAGACCACACCGCCCUCCGAGAGGAAGCAGGUCCUCAAGCGGCCACCCAUCCUGGAGGACUACAUCAAUGUGACAUCCACCGAGGGCACCAGGGUCUUCAUGGUCGUGAGGGAAGAUCCCUUCAGGACAGGGGUGGAGCACCCCGACUCUCUGGGCUGGAAUGCACGGAGGCCACUCCACUUGCUGGGGGUGCCUUUCUCCUACCUGAAGGAACAAGUGAAUGCAGAGCGUCGAAGGCAUGUUCUGGAGGCAUCACAGCAGCUGACAGAGAUAAUAAACAGUUGCCUUGAGAGUGAGACCAGCACCCAGAGCUCAGAGCCCAGCGGGGAAGCAGAGCUGGCACCUGAGGAGGAAUCUGCACAGCAUUGCCUCUGGGUGGACAAGUUCACUCCCCGGCGCUACGUAGAGCUGCUCAGUGAUGAUUACACAAACCGCUGCCUUCUGAAGUGGCUUAAGCUCUGGGACACAGUGGUAUUUGGGAAGGAGAAGGCUGUGAAGAAGGCCAAGCCCAGCACUGGAGUUCAUCCUCCCUUCAACCAGUCCAAGGAGCAGCAGAAUAAGUGGAAAACAAAGGUCCAGCUCACAGAGGAGAUUCUGGAGGCUGAGCUGGACCAGCACAAGAGACCCAAAUACAAGGUAGCCCUGCUGUGUGGCCCACCUGGCUUGGGCAAGACCACGCUGGCCCACGUCAUCGCGAGGCACGCGGGGUACAAUGCCGUGGAGAUGAACGCCAGUGAUGACCGCAGCCCUGAGGUUUUCAAAACCCGCAUCGAAGCUGCCACCCAGAUGAAGUCUGUGCUGGGCGCCAACGAGAAGCCCAACUGCCUGAUCAUCGAUGAGAUAGACGGCGCGCCCGCGGCAUCUAUCAACGUGCUGCUGAACAUCAUCCACCGUAAGGACGCGGAGUGUGAGACGGCGGCGGGUGCAGGCCGGCGGCGGCGGCACGAGGGAGGGCUGCUGCUCAGGCCCAUCAUCUGCAUCUGCAAUGACCAGUACGUCCCUGCCCUCCGGCCGCUGCGGCAGCAGUCCUUCCUGUUGACCUUCCCUCGGACGGCGCCGUCCCGGCUCGCCCAGCGGCUCUGCGAGAUUGUGCUGCAGCAGGGCAUGCGGGCGGACACGGGCGCGCUGCUGGCGCUCUGCGAGAAGGCCGAGAACGACAUCCGCUCCUGCAUCAACACCCUGCAGUUCCUGCACAGCCGAGGCCAGAAGGAGCUGAGCGUGCAAGUGGUGCAGACGAUGAAGAUCGGCUUGAAGGACCAAAACAAGGGACUUUUCUCCAUCUGGCAGGAGAUCUUCCAGCUGCCAAAGGUCCAAAGGCACAGGGUAGGGAUGGACCCCACUUUGCCGGCUCAGCUCCUGGUGGGUGAUGAGGACCUGUCACACCUCGGCGGGACAGCUGCCUUCAACACGUCUUCACACCGCUUCCACCACAUCCUGCACCUCGCCGUCUCCUCAGGGGAGCAGGAGAAGCUGGGCCAGGGUCUGUACGAGAAUUUCCUGAACAUGAAGCUGCGGGACUCCAGUUUAAGCUCGGUGUGCUUGGCCCUGGAGUGGUUGGGCUUCUCCGACCUGCUGAGCCAGGCUGUCCUGCACGGGCAGCGCUUCCAGCUGAUGCGGUACCUGCCCUUCCUGCCCGUGGCUUUCCACAUGCUUUUUGCAGCCACCACCAUCCCCCGGCUCGCCUACCCCAGCAGCCAGCACGAGGCCCUGGCCAAGCUGAACCACAUGCAGAACCUCGUGGUGUCCAUGGUGUCGGGGAUAACGCCCAGCGCCCGCAGCCGCGCCGGGCAGCAGUCCCUGGUCUUGGAGGUGCUCUGUCUGCUGCUGGACAUCAUCACCCCAAAGCUCCGACCGGUGAACACCCAGCUCUACAGCCUGAAGGAGAAGCAGCAGCUGGCAGACCUCAUCAGCAUCAUGCUGGCCUACAACCUCACCUACCACCAGGAACGCCUGCCUGAGGGCCAGUACAUCUACAAGCUCGACCCGAAUGUGGAGGAUGUGUGCCGGUUCCCAGACCUGCCAGCCCGCAGGCAGCUGACCUACCAGGCCAAGCAGCUCAUUGCUAGGGAAAUCGAGCUGGAGAAGAUGAGGAGGACGGAGGCUUUGCUGCAGGCACGGAACCAGGGCGAGGAGCCUGGGUAUGGCCUCAGCAAGGCAGAGGAAGAAGCGGCAACAGGGCCAGCCGGAACCCCCAACCACCAGCAGCGCCUGGAGCACAUCGUCCGGAGGGCAGCGGUGGAGGACAAGCCUGAGACCGACUUCUUUGGGCGGCCGCUGCAGCGGCAGCGGGUGGCUGUGGACCCGGCCCCUCAGGCCUCCAAGGAAGAGUCGAUCGAGAGCCAGAUGGGAAAGGCCGUGGGGAGGAGCGACGUCUGGUUCCGGUUUAACGAAGGGUUUUCCAACGCCGUCAGGAGGAACAUCUACAUCAAGGACCUGCUCUAGCAGAGAUGAAACCAGGAAUUCUACAGGCAGAACUGAAAGGAUAAGCUGGCUUUUGGCUUUCUAAGCCAUGGAUUAGGUGUCUGUGCAUGCUCCUUUUUUUGGGGGUAUUUUUUUAGUGCCCACUUGUUUUGUUUAGGAAAAAAAUAAAAUGUAUUAAAAAUUA